UGUCGCACUGGCCAACGCCUAUAACUCACCGCCUGUAGACCCUCGUCGACGAGUACAAAACCACACCCACGUCCGCUCACGUUUUCAUUCUCACUGCAGCACACACGCAGCCUUGCACCGCACGCCAUGUUACGACCGACCCUCGGAGACCUUCCUUCUGAGACGAUAACCGCAAUUGCGGCUCAUCUACCAGACGGCGAUCUCCGGUCCCUUCACAUUGCAGGCAAGGUCCUCUCUCAGAAGUCCAAGUACGCUUUUGCCAAGCGGUUUUUCACGAGUGUCGGCGUACUCAUUCAUCCCCUCAGCUUCGAGAAGCUCCGCGGCCUGGCAAGCGACCCGUUCUACUCGGAUUUCAUCGAACAGAUUACAAUUUCAACGCAUGUGCUGAGAGAAUGGUGGGCGCCUAAAGAUGACCUAUGCCAUAUGGAUGUGGAUGACGGGGGAUUUCCAGUGCGCGUCGUGGAAGAGAAGGAGGAGGAAUAUGAGCAGCGGUGUUGGUCUGAACAGCAUUUCGCCGAGGGGUGUGCAGUCCAGGAUCUGGUGAAUAUCCUGCAGCGCUUGUCCAAGCUACGGGCGGUUGCCGUGUCCGAUUUUGUUGACAAUUGGGUCCAAGACGUAACUGGCCAUCGCCAGAGUAAGCCAUGGGGAGGUUCCCAGCUAUUGUCUCCAUCGGGCUUCGAUAAUUUAGAAGAGUGUAAGGGACCUCGUGUGUGGCGCCAGGGUAUGCACCGUCAUCAAGUCCUUGGGAUCGUCCUUGCGGCAGCGUCACAGGCCGAUCUCGCCUCGAGGAACAUCCAUCUUGACUUGACCCUGAACCACGGACACUCUAACGUGUGGUCGCCCGACUCCAAAGACUGGCACUACAGCAUGUCCUCACUCCUUCGCAGCUUCUCGGGUUUCAUAGACAUUACACAGCCCAACAGCCGCCAACUUGUACAAAGCAUUAAUCCGUCGGUCUUGUCCCUCGACUACGGACGGUCGCGCACAUCUCCAAACCCGCAUAACCCGCACCUCGGCUACUACCCCCAACUCCGCGCGCUUAAGCUAUCACGCAUGUCUAUUCUCUACAGCCAGCUCAACAACUUCCUGCUAGCCCGCUCCGAAACCUUGGAGGUCGUGAGCUUAUCGGACGUCUAUAUCUGGAACUGGGGUACACAAGGCCUGAAUCACCCCUGGAUUCCCAUCUGGCAGACCCUGUGCAAGAUGCCACCACGACUGCGUAUUCUCAGCCUCAACAAGUUAGCUCUAGUCCGACAUGGUGAGGAUCUUGUCGGCAAUAUACCAGGUGCCGCCAUUAUUGACUUGGCCUGGCGUGGUCAGGAGAUCGCUUUUGGAUUAACGAAUCUCCUCGCUAUUUACGACGAUGCGUCCGUUGCAUUCGCCUUGCGAUUCAAUUUCACCUGGCCUUGGGUUGAUCUACGAGUAGCCAACGAUAUGGUUGAGAAGCUUCGGCAGGGAAAUAUUGGGCUGCGACCACGGCAGUAGGAGAGAUUUAGUCGAACUACUCUGCCCCUUUCUAGCAGUGGCAAGACGCCUUUGAUGGUCAUUAUAUACAUUCUCUCUCCCGACUCUAUGUUCUUCCAGAUUCCCUUCACCCGAACAGCGCCUCA